AUGGCCGGCCUCAACCCCCAGAUCACCAACCUCGUCAUCAUGUUGGGCAUGAUGCAGGUGUCGAAGCGCAUUCCCUUUGACGACCCCAACGUCCUCAACACCGUUCGCGCCGUCUACCUGGGCAGCAAUGUCCUCAUUGCGCUGCUGUACCUGUACAUUGGAUCGCAGAUCAACAAGAAGAAGGAUCUGGGAGUCGACUUUUGGCAUUGUCUGUGGCUCUCGGUCAUCGGCAAAACGAGCGGGAACAUGGCAUAUGCUGAAUGA